CGCACCCGCACCCGCAUCCGCAUCCGCAUCCGCGCUGUCUCGAAAUUUAUAAUACAUAAUACUUUCGAAUACAUUUACGUGCUUUGCGAACAAGGUAUUACGCAUAUUGUGUACAAAUAUUUUGCUUAAUAUUCAUAGAAUAGAAUAGAAUAGAAUAGAAUUCGUGCAUUAAUUAUCGGUAAUUUUAUUACCAAUCAGAGUGAUAUUUUUAAACUAAUUAUAUUUGAAAAGAAAGCAAUAUUUGUAACGAAUGGCGUAUAACGACGAUUAGCGUUGGCGAAAUCUGUUAACCAAAACAGAAACGAUAAGGAAGCGGUCUCAGCCACUGAUUGUGCGUGUUCUGGCAGCUGGUAUUACUAUGUAGUAGAAACAGGAGAUUUAACGACCGGUUUAACAACUACUCGGUUUACAUCAACGUCGCUAGUUGUCAAGUGACCAAUGUUCGUAUCUCUAGUUGCUUUUUCGGAUUGACGCGGUGCGCAUCACGAUAAAUUGAUCGAUAAGUAAUUGAUCAUUGAUCGAACUUUUAUUUCACAGGGAUAUUUGGGAGAGAGAGAAAGAGAGAGAGAGAGAAUGACGAAAAUUAUUUUAUACUCGCACGACAUUAGUCCACCUUGCCGUUCAGUUUUGUUGACGGCGCACGCGAUUGGGGUCGAAGUGGAGAUUCGCGAGAUCAAUUUGCUGACCAGGGAUAACAAGAAGGAAGACUUCUUAAAAAUCAAUCCCCAGCACACGAUACCAACGAUAGACGACGAUGGUUUCGUACUUGCGGACAGUCAUGCUAUUGCGUGCUAUCUGAUAGGUAAAUACGCUAAAGACGAUUCGCUGUAUCCCAAGGACUUGCAGAAACGCGCGUUAAUCGACCAACAGCUUCACUUUGACUGUGGGGUACAUUUCUCAGCUGAAAGGCGUCUCUUUGGAGAAACAUUCUUAGGAGAACGAAAAACGAUUAGCGAAAGCAGAAGAAACGAAUUGAAGGAAGCGUAUGGAUUCUUGGACAAGUUCCUGGAGGAUAAAAAUUGGCUUGUCGGGGAUUCUUACACCGUCGCGGACAUAUGUUCCGCCGCCACUGCGUCCAGCGGUCUUGUGGUGGUGAACCUGAACGAUUAUCCGAAUGUGAAAUGUUGGCUAAAAAGAUGCGAAGAGGAACUGCCGGGUUACAAAGAGUUUAAUGUAUCUGGUGUUAGCAAACUGCAUGCUGCGUUUCGUUCGAAACUUGGCUAAAUCAAAUGAAAUUCUAUCGACUUGACGAUAUUUUAUCGAAUUUGAUCUUAUGCUUGCUUGUAUUGCUUACAAGUUUCAUGGAGAUUCUGAUUAAGUAAAUAUACGCAUAACCGUUGUUGCAUACU